CCAUCGUUAUGUUUACUCCGCCCCCCACGAUAAGGUCCACCCGACUCUUCGGAACUAGCUGAAAGUCUUCACCCCCAACUGCACACCACGUUAACCUCGCUUUCUCCGGCAAUGGCUACUUCGCUUACGAUCUCAAGACUCCUCUCACCUGCCUCCAUGUCCAUCUCCACCGCCGCCGCCACCAGAACCGCCCCCAAAUCCCUCGCUUCCAAGUUCUCCCUCUCCCCUCUUGCCCUGAAACUCAACCACCGCUCAAGACUCACUCGUCUUUGCUUCGCCACAAGAACCACCCCCAUCUCGGCCAUCUUAUCCGUCGGUGACAAGCUCCCGGACGCCACCCUCUCCUACUUAGACUCCGCUGGCGAGCUCCAGACUACCACAAUUUCCGCUCUCACCUCCGGCAAGAAAGCCAUCCUCUUCGCCGUCCCUGGCGCGUUUACCCCCACUUGUUCCCAGAAGCACCUUCCCGGAUUCGUUGAGAAAGCCGGCGAACUCAAAGCCAAAGGUGUUGAUACCAUUGCAUGCAUAUCCGUCAACGAUGCCUUUGUGAUGAGGGCGUGGAAGGAGAAUAUCGGAAUCAAGGACGAGGUGCUCUUGUUGUCUGAUGGAAAUGGGGAAUUUACAAAGAAGAUUGGGUGCGAGUUGGAUUUGAGUGAUAAGCCUGUGGGACUGGGGAUCCGGUCCAGGAGGUAUUCGCUUCUAGCCGAAGAUGGGGUUGUGAAGGUUCUCAAUUUGGAGGAAGGCGGCGCAUUUACCUCCAGUGGGGCUGAAGACAUUCUCAAGGUGCUGUGAUUCUCCAGAGGUUGGUGUAUUUUUGGGUUUCCCUUUCUCUGUUUUACUGAGAGUGUCCAUUUGGGAUAGUUUUGUUAAUAAAAAAAAGGAUGGGAAUCCUACUUGCUAGUUGCUAAUAAUGUCAAAAUGUUGAGUUUCUGUAACAAUGUGUUUUUUGAUAUUAUUUUACAUUUUGCGCUUUAAUUUGUAGGCAUUCUUUUGUUGUAUGUGUUUCUGGUUUUGUCCGGACUGGUUCUUUGCUAA